GGGGUCGGUGGUCUGAGCUGGGAGAGGUCUUGCUCCGAGCGUCGCGCUCGGAGGGGCUGGAGCGGGUGUGCGGAUGCUGGAAGUUCACAUCCCGUCGGUGGGACCCGAGGAUCCCAGGCAGAGCCCAGAGAAAGGACACAUGGUGUUCCGAGUGGAAGUGCUGAGCCGCGGGCGCAGGCACACCGUGCAGAGGCGCUACAGCGAGUUCCACGCGCUGCACAAGCGGAUCAAGAAACUGUACAAAGUGCCCGACUUCCCCUCAAAACGCCUGCCUAACUGGAGGACUAGAGGAUUGGAGCAGCGGCGGCAGGGCUUGGAGGCCUAUAUCCAGGGUGUCCUGUACCUGAACCAGGAUGUACCCAAGGAGUUACUGGAAUUCCUGAAUCUUCGGCACUUCCCCACAGACCCUAAGGCCAGCAGCUGGGGCUCACAGCGCGUCUCCUUUUCAGCGCCCUGGGGGAGUUCCUGCCCAAUGACAGCAGCUCCCAGCUGCACCACCGGCCUGUCUUCAGCUUCCACAGGGAUCCCUACAUUCGCAGCCCAUCCCCAGAGCCUCUGCCCAACGUGGUGGUGAAUGGCGUGCUCCAGGGCCUCUAUGGCUGCAGCAACGGGCCAGCUGAAGCUCAGCCGGAGGCAUCUUCUCACCCUGCUCCUUUGCCACCGAUGCCCUGACCAGCCCAGAGGCCUAUGGGCCACCUGCCAGGACAGGCAUGUGCCUCAGUGUAUGUGCCCCCUUCUCAGAGGAGGCUAGGUCCCCCUUGGCCCAGACCCAGGACUAACCUGCCCGAGGUGCCAGGGCAGGGACAACAGGGGAUAAGGAAUAAAGGGAGAAGUCCAUUUAGAGGUAGGCUUUGACAAGGUAGAGAUGUAUUUCUUCCCCUCCACCCACAGGGGGGUGGGGGACAAGCAAAGACUGAGGCACCCUCGUGGCAAAGGUUAGAAGGAAAAGCUCCUGCCUGCUACCUGUGGGUAGUUAUCAGGGCACUAGGGUUCCGACCAGAGCCCCAGAAGGGGGCACAGGCACCCCCGGCCACAGGAGGCCCAGACAUGCUGGGACCGGGACUUGAGCAGGUGUUGCAGGCCCAAGAACCCAGCCCACACACUGGUUAUAAAAAACCCACCUUUUUUUUUUAAUAGGUCAGCAUUGGUAGGACUUUGUUACAAAACCAGGCUGGUAGGUAGGCCUGGGGAAUGGGGGGGGGGUCCGCUCCGUCAGACGCCAGCACUGCGGUCAGUGUAGCAGGGAGCCCUGCGGCGGGCGGUCUUCACCCGCGGGAGGCACCAGGGCCGCACAGAUGGUGGCGCAAAGAGGUCCCUGGGGCCCUACUCCUUGGCGAUGGCAAAGGGCUUCUCCACCUCGAUCUUGCCACAGUCUGCGAUCGUCACAUCCUUCAGGGGCUUGUCCCGACUGUCCGUCUUGGUGCUCUCCACCUUCCGUACUACCUCCUGGGAAGGCAGGCAGCAGCAGUAGAGCGGCAUGAGUGCGGAGGUCCACCCCUCAAGGGAGAAGCCCCGGAAUAUGGCCGGGGAAGGCUGAGACCCCCAUGGGACGAGCAGCAUGCAAACCUUGAGGCACCAAAAUCCCAACGGGACCCUAGACAGGGAGAGCCCAGCUUUGACGAGGGGACGCGGGAGUUUUGAUCCUCUGCAGUGGGACCGGGCUGAGCUAAGGGCGAGGGGGAAGAGGGUAGCUGGGGAGUGGGUACCAAGUGGCUUCUCAGGGACACAGUGUUUGGCUGGGUCCUGCACACCUGAGGGGGGUGGAGCCUAGCAGCGAGUGAGUGAAACGGAGGCCCCUGCCCCUGGGCAGGCUGAGGAACUGAGAACCUGGGGGCAGAGACACGAAGGGUAGUUCCCGAUGCCCUCUGGGUUUGUGCACAUGAACACUGGGAAGCUGUGCGUUCCCUGUCAGGAAAGGGAUAAACUAGGUGGCACCCCUACCCUGGGCUGUCCGUUUCCUGGUGAAGGUUGCUCAGGUUUAGCCCCUGCCCCUCAAACUCACCAUGCCUUCCAGAACUUUACCAAACACCACGUGCUUGCCAUCCAGCCAGGCUGUCUUAACGGUCGUGAUAAAGAACUGGGAGCCGUUGGUGUCUUUGCCUGCAUUGGCCAUGCUCACCCAGCCAGGCCCGUAGUGUUUCAGCUUGAAGUUCUCAUCGGGGAAGCGUUCACCAUAGAUGCUCUUUCCUGGGAAGGAAGAGUAGGUCAGGGAGCUGAAUUGGCCCAAACCAAGCAGAUCUUUGGGGUGAGGAUUCCAGGGACUCAACCUGUCUUUGGUGUCAGGCCAGGCUCCAGUGGAUUAUAAGGACUAAAAGCUGUCUCCUUCCUACCCUCUGGUCUUGGAGCCAAACCAUGCUGAUAGACCAAGUGGGGCAUAAGGCCAGGCUGAUUUAGUGAACAGCUCACCCGAUCAAUUAUUUUGAGGAAUAUAGUUUAGUGGCUUUUAAAUAAGGCAAAUAUCAACAGCUACCCUUGGCGAUGGCCUGGGAGGUCUGCCACCGGAACUCUGAGGUACUCUGGUAGAGAGAGGUGCUAUGCAGGGGGCAGGGGAGGUAAGAACUCUCCAGAAAAGGAGGACAGCUGUGGUUGACCAGCUUUUCUUCCUAACAGCACAGAAGAUAACUGAGAUGAGUGGGGAGGGGCUGCCCCUUGGGUUCUGGAUAAUCAAGAGCCUCUUAUCAAUGAACACAAAAUAAAAGCUGGAUGUUGA